CCUGAAACCAGUUAGAAACGUGAUUAGGAUAAAAGACGAUUUUAUGCACAAAAAGUCAGUAUCAGACACCAAAAAUUCUCUCUCUCGCUCUUAUUCUUCUUCCCUCACUUUCUCUCUCCUCCUUCUCCACCCUCUUGAGGAGUUGCAGGAGUGACACACAGCCAUUAACGAUAGCUGCUGAAGCUUCAACAAAAUCAAAAGAUCUUAUCUUACAUUUCAUUUUAAUUCGGAGUCAGUAGAAGAGAAAAAAAGAGUGAAGUCUUGUUUGAAGUUAGAAAUACGAGCUUGUAAGUGAGAAGAAACUGGACGAGUUGCUAGGUUUCCAUAAGCAGGUUAUGUUGGAGCUUUGUAUCUGAAUGAGGUGAAAUCCCCCGUUAUCAGGAUCUCUGAGAGGCAGUUGGGGGUGUGAAGAACAGCAUUUCAAAAUACAGCGACCAAGUUCAGGGGGUGAGUUCCCCCAAAGUGGCGAGUUCAGCCCAUUUCCAGUGGCUAGGAGGGUGAAUUCCACCCAUUCCAUCAUGAUGGAUGAUAUGGAGACUGGUUCCAUGGGGCCUUACCAAGAUAGGCCCCGCACUUUUCCCGACAUGCGCACCAAACCUUACACCCCCUUGGUUUUUCAAAUCAUUAUGGGGUUAAACACUCGUGUACUUUUUAUUCUUAUGCUUCUGGCCUUCGGAGUUAUCUUCUAUAUCGGAGCGAGCACUUCUCCAAUCAUUGUAUUUGUAUUUUCCAUCUGCAUCAUCAGCUUCCUUUUGUCAAUCUAUCUGACAAAGUGGGUUCUGUCAAAGGAUGAAGGACCUCCAGAAAUGGCCCAGAUAUCAUAUGCUAUACGUGAUGGAGCUGAAGGCUUUUUUAGGACCCAGUAUGGUACCAUCUCCAAAAUGGCUGUUCUGCUAGCCCUGGCAAUUCUCAGUAUAUAUUUGUUGCGGGAUAGGACUCCCCAACAAGAAGCUGCUGGUGUUGGGAGGAUUUCGUCUGCAUUUAUUACUGUUAUUUCUUUUCUAUUGGGAGCUUUAUGCUCCGGUAUAGCUGGAUACGUUGGGAUGUGGGUGUCUGUUCGUGCAAAUGUUCGGGUUUCUAGUGCAGCAAGGCGGUCAGCUAGAGAAGCCUUACAGAUAGCUGUUCGUGCUGGUGGUUUCUCAGCUUUGAUUGUCGUUGGUAUGGCUGUACUUGGCAUCGCCAUCCUCUAUGCCACCUUCUAUGUCUGGUUGGGUGUGGAUUCACAAGGCUCAAUGAAAGUCACAGAUUUGCCUCUUCUACUUGUUGGGUAUGGUUUUGGAGCUUCCUUUGUCGCCCUCUUUGCUCAAUUGGGUGGUGGUAUAUACACAAAAGCAGCUGAUGUUGGAGCUGACCUUGUUGGUAAAGUUGAGCAGGGAAUACCUGAAGAUGAUCCUCGUAACCCUGCUGUCAUUGCUGACCUGGUUGGAGACAAUGUGGGUGACUGUGCUGCUCGUGGUGCAGAUCUAUUUGAAAGCAUUGCUGCGGAGAUCAUAAGUGCCAUGAUAUUAGGUGGGACAAUGGCACAGCGUUGUAAAAUUGAAGAUCCAUCUGGCUUUAUCUUGUUCCCUUUGGUGGUUCACUCCUUUGACCUUGUCAUAUCUUCUGUGGGUAUAUUUUCAAUAAGAAGCACACGAGAAGCUGGUAUGGCCGUAGAAGAUCCAAUGAGAGUUCUUCAGAAAGGAUAUUCUAUCACCAUAGUAUUGGCGGUUAUAACUUUUGGUGUGUCCACACGCUGGUUGCUUUACACGGAACAGGCACCUUCGGCUUGGUUGAAUUUCGCAUUAUGUGGGCUAGUGGGAAUUAUAACAGCAUAUCUAUUUGUACGGAUCACCAUGUACUACACUGAUUAUAAAUAUGAGCCAGUACGUACACUGGCUCUUGCAAGCUCAACAGGCCAUGGGACUAAUAUAAUUGCUGGUGUCAGUUUGGGACUGGAAUCAACCGCACUUCCAGUUCUUGUUAUCAGCGUUGCUAUCAUUUCUUCUUUCUGGCUGGGUCAGACUUCAGGAUUGCUGGAUGAAGCUGGAAACCCUACUGGUGGACUUUUUGGAACAGCAGUGGCCACUAUGGGCAUGCUCAGCACAGCUGCUUAUGUCCUGACUAUGGAUAUGUUUGGCCCAAUAGCUGACAAUGCUGGUGGAAUUGUGGAGAUGAGUCAACAGCCCGAAAGUGUUCGAGAAAUUACCGAUGUCCUAGAUGCAGUUGGGAACACUACAAAAGCUACCACGAAAGGAUUUGCAAUCGGAUCUGCAGCACUCGCUUCUUUUCUUCUUUUCAGUGCUUACAUGGAUGAGGUGGCUUCAUUUGCCCGUGUACCUUUCACCGAGGUUGACAUUGCAAUUCCUGAAAUUUUUGUUGGUGGUUUGCUGGGCUCUAUGCUUAUUUACCUCUUCAGUGCAUGGGCCUGCGCAGCUGUUGGUCGUACAGCUCAGGAGGUAGUUAAUGAAGUCAGAAGGCAAUUUAUUGAGAGGCCUGGUAUUAUGGAUUACCAGGAAAAGCCUGAUUAUGGUCGGUGUGUGGCAAUUGUGGCAUCUGCUUCAUUAAGGGAAAUGAUUAAACCUGGUGCUUUGGCCAUUAUAUCACCGAUAGUGAUUGGUCUUAUUUUUCGAAUACUGGGACAUUAUAUUGGACACCCGUUACUUGGCGCCAAAGUUGUGGCUGCAUUCUUGAUGUUUGCAACUGUUUCUGGCAUUCUUAUGGCUCUUUUCUUGAACACUGCUGGUGGUGCUUGGGAUAAUGCAAAGAAGUAUAUAGAGACCGGGGCUCUGGGAGGCAAGGGAAGUGACACUCACAAAGCUGCCAUUACUGGAGACACUGUCGGAGAUCCUUUUAAAGACACAGCUGGACCGUCAAUCCACGUGCUGAUAAAGAUGCUUGCGACGAUUACUCUGGUUAUGGCGCCUGUAUUCCUAUAGAGUUGUUAAUACGAACAUCCAGAUUUAACUAGACAAGCACCCUUUUCCUGUCUCUCUCUACUCCUUUUCCAGGCCUUUGAUGUAGUUAGACUCUAGAGGGUGCCGAAUUAUUUGUGGAGUUACUUAGUUACAGAGGAAUAUCUUUUGUUUUCCUAAUUUUGAAUAAGAAUAUCUCUUUAGGCGGAAUCUUAAAAAUCUUGUAUUGGUCCUUUUCUGUAAAUGACAAGGAAAUUUUUAGCAGGUGACCUGAGGACAAUAGCAAAGAGUUUAUAA